UGUUCUCCCCCCCGCCCCCCCACCGUAAAGGCCAAUCGAACGCCGUUCUUUUUACAUUUUUGUUUUAUAUGUUUAAACCAAACGUGGACGUCUGUGCCUUGGACGGAAGCUCGUUUGGAAUUUAAGCGACAGAGGAGCGGCCGAACAACUUCACUUUUCCCCCUUCGAGCGAAUUCAGACCGGGGGGGAAGAAGGCGGAGGACUGGUAAUCCCGAAGGGGGUGGGAGAACGACGGAGGUUGGAAAUGGCCACUCAGGUGGAGGCUCCUCUCCUGCCGGGCAACUCGCUUAUCCAAGCGGAAGAGCACGGCAAAGUGAUCCGCGGCCAGCCGGAGCAGGAGGUCGACGGGGCCAAGCGGGGCCAGGCGGCGGGUGUCGCCGUGGAGGAGGAGGAGUGCUCCGGGAGCCCGACGGAGGCGGACGAGGGGGGCUGUGACAGCGAGGCCAAGUCCGACGACGAGAGCGUUAAAAGCCGGAAGGAGUUUACCGACGCUCCCCCGCCCAAGGUGAACCCGUGGACUAGGAAAAUGAACGCGGUGACCGUGGUCAGCGUGAACGGACAAGCACAUCACGAGUCUACGGGUCCCGCCAAGGUGGUGAAAGCAGGCAACCCCCCCAAGGCCAGACGUGGAGGAAAGGUCGGGGACUUUUGCGACGCCAAUAGCUGGCCCACCCCGGGGGAGAUCGCAACUAAAGACAUGCAGAUCGAGGCAGUGACACGGACCGUGUCCUGCCCACCGACUGUCAGGCAGGUCAAAGACACGUGGAGAUCCACUGCCUACAAGAGGACGUCCACCAAGAAGGAUACGAAGGAGAAGCGCGAGAGCAACGAGGAGAGCAAGGAGAACCUGAAGACCAGCAAGUCGGACGACUCUGGAGAGGAGAAGAACGGAGACGACGACUCCCAGAAGAACGGGCAGAAGAAGAAAGGAAACAAACAAAAGUGGGUUCCCCUGAUGAUCGAAGGUCCCCGGGAGCGCUCGGCCUCACGGAAUAACAGCAGGCAGAAUGAAAAUCCUCGCCUGCCGCCCAACGCCAGGAACGACCUCCGAGACUGGCACAGUCAAAAGUACGAGCGGGAGUGGCGCGACGACCACGACGAGGUGUCGAGCGUGAAGAGCGAGGGGGCGCCAUUCCGCGGCGGCUUCAGGGGCCGCGGGCGCGGACGUGGAAGAGGCCGAGGACGAGGACGAGGCCGAGGCCACUACGACUACCACCAAAGCUACAAGUUCUACGAUAUGAAAGACGGACCCUACGGACAGAAGUACAGCAAUUCUGUCACCUACUACUACGACAACAUGAGCAGCAGCGACCUGUACUCGGUGGACCAGCACCUGCUCAAGGACUACAUCAAGAGGCAGAUUGAGUAUUACUUCAGCCUAGACAACCUGGAGCGCGACUUCUUCCUGCGCCGGAAGAUGGAUCAAGAAGGCUUCCUGCCUAUCGGACUGAUCGCCAGCUUCCACAGAGUGCAGGCCCUCACCACCGACGUCAACAUCAUUCUGGAAGCUCUGAAGGACAGCAAGGAAGUGGAAGUGAUCGACAUGAAGAUCCGUCGGAAGGUGGAGCCCGAGAAGUGGCCCCUGCCGGGCCUCACUGUGCCCAACCACACUGACUUCUCCCAACUCAUCAACUGCCCCGAGUUCGUCCCCAGGCAGCCCACCGAGGAGCCUACAGGGUCGCUCAGGGCCUCGACACCGACGCAACACCCACCCAAGCCCGAAUCCGACACGCCCUCCAACCUGAAGACAAUGCCCAAGGGCCUCUCCGCCAGCCUCCCUGACCUAGACUCUGAGUCCUGGAUCGAGGUCAAGAAGAGGCCCAGACCUUCGCCAGCUAGGCCCAAGGUCAGCCCAGAGAAGGCGCCCUCCUCACAGCAGCAGAGGGAAAAAGACGACGCCAACCGCUCGCCACUGCCUCAGUCUGGCUCCUCGCCCUCUCCCGCCACGCCAGGAAACAAGGAGGGCGGCGAGCAGGACGAACCCGAGGAGCUGGACUUCAUGUUCGACGAGGAGAUGGAGCAGAUGGACGGUCGGCGCAACACCUUCACCGACUGGUCGGACGAGGACACGGACGGCGAGAUCAACGACCACGACGUCAACAAGAUCCUGAUCGUGACGCAGACGCCGCCCUACCUGCGCAAGCAUCCCGGCGGCGACCGCACGGGCCACCACACGUCGCGCGCUAAGCUCUCCAGCGAGCUGGUCAAGGUGAUCAAUGACGGCCUCUUCUACUACGAGCAGGACCUGUGGGACGACACGUAUGAGCCCGAGUACGCCACCAUCAAGCAAGAGGUGGAGAACUUCAAGAAGGUUCACCUGAUCAGCCGCGAACAGUUUGACUGCCUGACCCCCGAACCUCCCGUCGACCCCAACCAGGAAGUGCCCCCCGGCCCCCCGCAACCCCAGCAGAUCCCUACAGACGCCUUGGCAAACAAACUCUUCGGUGCCCCCGAGCCCUCGUCGAUAGCGCGGUCACUCCCCACGACCGUGCCCGAGUCUCCCAACUACCGCAGUGCCCGCACGCCCCGGACGCCGCGCACCCCUCACCGGAAGGACGCCACCAUGACGCCGCGCUUCUACCCAGUGGUCAAGGAAAGUCGGCCUGUUGACGCUAAGACCCCAAGGAAGCGAAAGACCCGGCACAGCUCCAACCCGCCCAUGGAGUGUCACGUCGGCUGGGUGAUGGAUUCCAGGGAGCAUCGUUCCAGAACUGCAUCCGUCAGCUCCAACGCCAGCCCGUCCGAGGGCACCCCUGCCUUGGGUAACGUGGUCUGCACGCCGCAGUCCCUCCCCAAGUUCCAGCAUCCAUCCCACGAGCUGCUCAAGGAGAACGGCUUCACGCAACACGUCUACCACAAGUACCGCCGGCGCUGCCUAAACGAGCGGAAGCGGCUCGGAAUCGGCCAGUCCCAAGAGAUGAACACGCUGUUCCGCUUCUGGUCUUUUUUCCUGCGGGAUCACUUCAACAGAAAGAUGUACGAGGAAUUCCGGCAGCUGGUGGUGGAGGAUGGCAAAGAAGGAUACAGGUACGGUUUGGAGUGCCUGUUCAGAUACUACAGCUACGGUUUGGAGAAGAAGUUCCGGCCGGAUAUCUUCAAGGACUUCCAGGAGGAGACCAUGAAAGACUACGAGGCUGGUCAGCUGUACGGACUGGAGAAGUUCUGGGCCUUCCUCAAAUAUUCCAAAGCCAAGGCCUUGGAGAUCGACCCCAAGCUGCAGGAGUGUCUGAGCAAGUUCAAGCGUCUGGAGGACUUCAGAAUUGACCCGCCAAUGGAGGAAGGAGGCCGCCGAAGACACUCGUCCAGCGGGGACAGCCGCCGCCGCCACCCCUCCCACCCUUCCAGUCGGCCCCACAGCCAGAACAGCUCCGGCUCCAGCCCCGUGGGCGCCACCGCCAAGGAUGAUGUCAAACCCGACGCCAAGACGCUCAACGGCAUCCGGAGACAAUUUUCCGAUGAGCAUGUGUGACGGACGACGGCCCUGCUGACGUGAGCGGACCAAAGCGCCUUCAAAACGAUAUUUGAUUUGCUGGAUUUUUUUUAUUUUUUUUUUUGGUGAGGAGGAGGAGAAGAAAAACAACAAAUGCUUAAAAAAAGAAUAGAGGAGGAGAAACAGACUUGGUUGAGAGUUGCCUUACUUUUAAUGGUUUUCCCAUUAUUUUUCGGAGCACGUUUUGCCAAACUGCUUGAACUGUCUUCCAAGUGUCAUUCGGGUCCUGUUACGAGUCCUGUGAGUCCCACCUUCGCUUUUGUCGUGUGGCUUUGUUCGUGCUUAAGCGCACCCGCGUCCCAUUGGAGGAGAUUCCCCGGACCUUUUAGGGAGGGGCCGGGGAUUCCUGACAUUGUUUUUGUGUCCCCCAUCCAUCAUCUUCAUCCAUCCAUCAAGGACUGGAAGAAUCAACAAUCCGGAUUACUUGAAGAAGCAGGAAGGUGCCAAGUGCUCUGGGUGGAGAUCGGGGAUUUUUUUUUUUGGGGUGGUGGGGUUUGCUCUUUCUGAUUGACCGCCCCACACAAACACAUGCAGCUCGGCUCCUCGUGGACGUCCUCCCUUCGAAAAUGUAAAUGUGAACUCGACCGAUGAAGAAGAGAACUUUUCGCAGGACGUAUUUCUGCCUUACACGUGUACGUACUCAUGAAAAUGUUAAUGCUUCUGGAUUUUGGCGGUAUCGUUAGUGUGACGGAGGCGGAAUUUUUUUUUUUCCUGUUCCUUUUCCCUUUUCCAAUUGACGUCUGGAACAUCGAAUGUGUAUUUAAAGUGACAAAAGGGAACGAAAAAAAAAGCUCAAGCGAAUCUUGUUUCAUGUUGAAAUUUGUUAACCACACCCCACCUUUUUUUUUUUUUUUUUUUUUUCUCUCUUGUCGAUUGGCGCCUACCCCCACAGUUGGAUUCGAUUUUUGGGGAACGCACAGUCUUAAAACAAAUCAGUCUACUUUCCACUUUUUUUUUUUUUUUUUUUUUGGAGCCUUCCUGUCACGCAUUGGAAAAAGACUGCAUUUCUUUGCCUUCUGUUUUUUUGUGUUCGUUCGUUGGAUGUUUUUGAUCUUCCAGUGCAAGCGGAGCCGGAUAUUCCCCCCCCCUUUCUUCUUCUUCAGGGAGACUUGGAUGAGUUUUACGAGGCUUACGAUGGAUACAUCAAUGUUUUGCGGAGGCUUGACAACAAAUGAGAGCCGGGAGAGGGGGAAAAAAAAAAGGAUAUAUAGAUAAGUGAAAACUGUGUGGUUGGCUGCAGAUGCGCUCACUCCUCCUCCACCUGUCGGGACAUUUGGAGGAUUUCGGGGACCUUGCGGGAGUUGUUCACCCCCUUGAACGAACUCUAGGGGGCGCCGCACCCUCAACGCGAGCUGGCUGCAAAAUGGUGAAGUGGUGCUGAAGAUGCAACUAGGAAAAACAAUUUAAAAAGAGCGCAGCGGCGUGUGAGGAAUAUGGCUGGUUAUGAUGUCUGCAGAAUGAAAAAGUACAAAAAUGUCAUAAAGCCAUAUGAAAUAUAACAAAACAAACAAAAAAAACUGUAUAUGAAGCAUUGAAAUUGUUCACUGCAUCACUCGAAAAUAUCUUUAGGCUUGUUCAUGAGGAAAAAAAUGUGAAAACGACCAAAAAAAAAGUGAGAAAAAAAGUAUAAAAUGGAAAAAAUGUAAACUACUUGAAUGAGAUCUUGUAUUAUAACAUUUAAUAUUCACUAUCCGCUUUGUAGGCUGAUGUGAUUCGCUAUUAUUAUUAGUGUUAUUUGUAAUUUGUAGUAAUUAUGCUUUUUCCUUUAAUAAAGAAGAAAAAAAAAACACAAAACGGACAAAAAAAACCUCAACAA